CAAAGAAAUGACACAGCCAGUUAAAUAUGAAGCAUCUGAUUCACAUCUUUUAAGCUGUCCAUCUGAGAACAAACCAGAAGAUAAUGCAAAGCAAAAUGAAUCGAAAGCUCACGCAAGUAAACAUAUAAUAUGUUAAAAUUGGUUGCAACAAUAAUAACCUUAUUGUAAUCAUGAAAAAAAAAAUUAUAUGAAGUGCAUUUUUAUAAUAUUAUAUCACAAAUUCAUGUUCAGUUUGGUUGAAAUGCUUCAAAAUAAAUAUAUUUUAACAUUUGAAUAAUGUAACUAUGAAUCUUUACGCUAUAAAUCAUGGGACGAACUCCGGUCUAUGGAAGCAAAUUAUUGUAAAUUUGUAAAUUUGGUUUAAUAUAUUACUUUAUAUCCCGGGAACAAAAGUUAAAAUUUCAACAUUCAUAUUAUAUACUCAUUGCAUUGCUUCCUAAAUCGACAGUAAUAGUAUUUGUCCCAAUUUAAUUGUUUCAUGAGCCUGUCGUUGUUUUUUUUCAGCACUUUUUCAUUUAGAUACAUUGUAGCUAGUCGUAUUAGCUUAACGAUUGUAAGACUGUACUUGAGGUUACGUAGUAAUGGAAGCAUUAAUAGUAAUUGUAGUUGUGGUAGAAGUAGUGGUAGAAGUUGCAGUAGAGAGAAGCAUUUGAAUUCAUAAAUAAAGUAGGACAUUUUCUUUGUUUCAUUUGAAGUAAGGUUUUUUUUUUUUCUUUAUUAAGGUCAAUUUGUCUAAAACCAAUACAAAGAAGACCAAAAAGAUAGGUCCUACAGUUUAAAGAACACUUUUUUAAAAAAAAUAUCCAUUAAAUCCCUCUGUGGCUUGCCGCGUUAAAGUUUAACGGGGGUGCGAAGGAAUGUUGCAUAAAUAUCGCGUUCUAAGCAUGUGACAAUUGAGAUUGAUUAAUCCCUCGUUAUCAGGACGACUGGACCAGUCUGUCAUCUUAGAAAGUUUGUAGAGAUGCAUUAGCAUUUUUUAACAUAUGCCCUGAAUCAUGGGACUGAAUGUUCUUAUGGUUGACAAGUUUAGGAAAUCAGGGCUGAUGGUUUAAUAGUUGGUAGAGAUUGAAAUGUGUGUUCAUUGCAACCCUCAAUGUUUAGUUUUAUUUACUUCAUGUAAUAAUAUAGAAUUAAUUUUGUUAAAGAAUUUUUUUUUUUUUUAAAUUUCAAGUGGUGUUGUAAAGUAGUAGAAAUUUAUAUUCUAUAAUAAAAAAUGAUUAAAUUUACUUUUUAGUUACGUUAGCUAUAUAGAAUACAAUUAACAAUAGAUAAACCAGACGUAAGAUUUUUUUUUCAAAGUAAGUUACUAUUCAUAUAUAUUUAUCAUAUAUAUUAGUAUAAACGUAGGGAGAAAAAAGGGGAAACAGGAAUGCUAAAAAAAAUGUAUUUUAAAAUCAGACCACUAUGUAAGCGAUGAUGGCUUACUGUACGUCACGAUAGGAGACAUUGAGAAACAGACGACGCGUACGUCAGCUGGCAGCGUCAAGUCAAAACGGGAAAAGGUUCAAUACCAGGAGAUCGACUUUACAAAGACUGGCCAGAUCACCAUAGCAGAAAUUGAGAACACUGAACACGUCACUUCAUUAUAAUCUACUUUAUUAAGAUUCUUUAAAAUAUUUCAAUUUUUACGUCACACUCAAAUGGUUAUAAUAUGUUAGUGAAAUAUUUCUGCAAAAAAAUUGCUUAUUU